AUAUUUUGAUUUUUCUGUAACGGCGCUACGAAAAAGCGCGCGACUUAAAAUUUUUCUUUCUUUAUUAAUAUUACGUUUCUUAAAAUAUUUGUAAUCUGUUCAACUGUGUGACUAUACGUUUUUUUAAAUCUUGAUAUUGUAAAAUACUUUAAUGUAGUAAUCAGAUUUCAUCACGUAAAUAGUAGCGUUUUAAUAGUUUGAAAGUUAUUUCCACUGUCUUAGGUGACAUAAAAAAUGCUUCACUUAAAAAGAAACAAAUGUUCAAGAAUAAUAAAAUAUCCACGGAAACAAUGUAGAAACUUCAAACCCCGUGAAAAAUGCACUGAUGCAUCAUUUGUGUGCUAUCCUGUAGAAUUCCUUGGUGCAAAGAUAAGAAAAAUGGCUUUAAAUCAAGCUAAAGAGUUGCUAUGUGCAAUGAAGAAUGAAGACUAUAAAAAGCUUGUGGAUCUUGCAUCAAAAAAUAAAUCUAAAAAAGUCCCAUAUACGUUUAAAGAUGCAAUAAAAAAUUUAAGUGGUAGUGAAAUAGAUAAAUUGUGGUCCAUGUUAAACAAGAUGGUGGAAAAGAAAGCAGAAGUUCUACUUGAUGGCAACAAAGAUACUAGUAAUACAUCUCUGGAUAAUAAGACUUGCACUGAACUGAAUCAAGUACUUAAUGCUGCAAUUGACUUAGCAUCUGUAGUUUUUGAAGAAAGUAUGCCUGCUUCACAAGAUCUUUUACAUAUGGUUGUAUUUCUAAAUGGUAUACUCUUUGAAAUUCCAAUCAGCAUAGAACAAUUGCGAAACAGUAUUGCUCAUUUAUGUGAAAAAAUGUAUCAUUUGAAUUAUGUUGUAAAUUUGAAUCAAUAUUUGAUCCACAAUGUUGUGAUUUACCUGCUGAAGCGUACAUUAACUCGCAAAGCAAUAAAAACAGAUGUGAAGAGAAUUUAUGCAAUGCGUUCGGUGAUCCCCAAAAUAUUAGAAAUGAGUGAAAUUAACCCUAAACUUGUGUGGGAAUUACUCAAGAAAUGUGCCACAUCUCAUCUUUAUCUUUGUAUGCAAGAGGUAAUAUAUUCAAAAUAAGUUUCUUAUUUAUGUAAAUUUUCACCUCAGUAAAACUGUUAUGGGCACUAAUCAGAGCUGUCUUUUAGCUGGCAGGAAA